AUGGCGCUUCGCGGUCUGGCGCUUGUUCUCGGCUUGGCACGUGUCGGCCUUGCUGCUCUUGGUCCUGGCAGCUGUGCUUUCAUUGAGUUCGACGGACAGGGCCCAGACAACUACAAGCUUGUGCUGUUGGAGCCGAUGAGUGCCGGUGAGACAAUCAGAGUGACGUUUCGGAAGGUCGAUGGCUCCGGCAAUUGGGUCGCCUCAAGCCGCGACAACGAUUUGAUUUACACAGCUCCCUCGUGCCAGUUGCCGGGAGUAACCCUUGGUGGAGUACAGGGUCAGACCUCUGGCAAUGCUUUCGCAUGGCCUAAUGCAAACGGACAACUCUCGAACUCGGGUGACACCUUGAUUGCCGUGAGCGCAGACGACACCCCUCUUUGCGCUGCUAGCACCGAAGCAGAUACUUGGGGCUACGUCGCCGGGGACCAGACUGCCUUGCCUGCUGGCCUCACAGCGAACUCUGCCGAUGCCAUCACAAAGGGAAGUGUGGUCAGCAUGUGCUAUCAGGGCGUGACCAGUGGCACUGUGGCAGACGUGAAAGCGGCAAUUGCUGAUCUGACACAACUGGUUAGUCAAUUCCCUUCCGAACUAUGUGAGUUGCACUUCGCCCGCCACUAG